AAACCUAUGAGUUCCUCCCUGAGUUCUUAGCUUCGACCCAGAAAAUGUAUGGUGCUGAACUGGCCAGUGCAGAUUUUCAGUGAGCCUCUGAAGAUGCAAGAAAGGUGAUAAACGAGUGGGUCAAAGGGCAGACUGAAGGGAAAAUUCCAGAAUUGUUGGCUGCAGGCGUGGUUGAUAAUAUGACCAAACUUGUGCUAGUUAAUGCCAUCUAUUUCAAAGGAAACUGGCAGGAGACAUUCAGUAAAAAGGCCACAACUGAUACACCAUUCAGAUUGAAUAAGAAAGACACAAAAACAGUGAAAAUGAUGUAUCAGAAGAGCAAAUUUCCAUUUGGCUACAUCAAGGACCUGAAGUGCCGGGUGCUGGAACUGCCUUACCAAGGCAGGGACCUCAGCAUGGUCAUCCUGCUGCCAGAUGCCAUCGAGGACGAGGCCACGGGUCUGAAGAAGAUCGAAGAACAAUUGACCCUGGAAAAACUGCAGGAGUGGACCAAACCUGAGAAUCUGAGUUCCAUUAAAGUCAACGUCCACCUGCCCAGGUUCCAGCUGGAAGAGAGCUACCACCUCAACUCUCACCUGGCCAGCCUAAGUAUAGAGGAUCUCUUUAAUAGCAAGACUGAUCUAUCUGGCAUGGCAAGAGCCAGAGAUCUUUUUAUAUCAAAAAUUAUCCACAAGUCUUUUGUGGAAGUUAAUGAGGAAGGCACAGAGGCAGCGGCUGCCACAGAUUUUAGUGGUGGGUUGCGUGCUUAUGCCAGAAACUGA